UUUGGGAUAGCAAGGCCAUCAGCUCCCGGAUGUGAAUUCGCGCUGAAUCUGCGAGUAUCGCGUUGUGCACUUGUUUCUUUCUGGUGAUAGUCAAGAAUGAGUGAUGAAGAACUGAACGUAUCAGAAAUGAACAGUGCGACGAAACAAGACGCUGAGAACUCACAAGACAACUCUUGUCCGCCUCAAUCAGGCAAACCUGACCGCCUCCUUCGUCUUCCACUCGGAAGAAUAAAAAACAUGAUGAAAAUGGAUCCUGAAAUUGCGUUGGCCAGUCAAGAAUCUGUUUUCAUUGUCGCUAAAGCGACGGAGUUGUUUGUGGAGAGUCUGGCCAAGGAGUCGUACAGACAGACGAGAGAGAAUAAGCGCAAGACUUUGCAAAAGAGAGACGUGGACGCCACUGUGAAUGAAAUAGAUCAGCUAUCAUUCCUAGAGGGAACGCUGGACAGCUAGAUUUGACGAUAGUGUGGAAAUUGGUUGACAUAGAGCGAUUUUUGGUUUGAAUGUAUUAAAUAAAUAAAUGAAUUAAUUAAUUAAUUAGCAAUAUUGUAUUCAGCACAAGAAAUUUUUUAGGUAUCAGAA